CCCCGGCCCCAGAACCUGAUCUUCCGCUACCUGCAGAACCGGUCCCGGAUCCAGGUGUGGCUCUAUGAGCAGGUGAACAUGAGGAUUGAGGGCUGCAUCAUCGGCUUUGACGAGUACAUGAACCUGGUGCUGGACGAUGCUGAGGAGAUUCACUCCAAAACCAAGGCCAGGAAGCAGCUGGGUCGGAUCAUGCUGAAGGGGGACAACAUCACCCUCCUGCAGAGCGUCUCCAGUUAGGAUCGGGCUGCUCCCGGCCCCCCAGCGGGAUUGGGAUCGCUGGGAACCCCCCGAGCUCCCGGGGGAAUCGGAUUUUGUACUUUGGGCAAUAAAACGGGGUUGUUUUUUCACAAAAUCUG